GUACUUUCUGUCCAUCUCACAGAAACCCCCUACAUGUAUUCGACACUCGACAGGUCAGCUGCUUGUUUGUGCUCUUGUGAUUCACUGUAAAAGUACCUGCUUUAUCAGCACUGUUAAGAGUAAGCAACCUGACCAACCCCUGACUUCAUCAUCUCACCAUUCACAUCUUCAAGCUGUAUUAGCAUUCAAUGUCAGCACUCUUUGUAUGAAUGGGCAAUGGUCCUACAGCUCCCAGCAUCCUUCAGCUGGCCUUAACGCCUCCGUUAUUAACAUCUUCAACCGCAUCUUCUUCUGAUGAAGCCUACAUUAGAAACACAUUAGCCUGGCCCAGAUUGAUCACGCUGGAUCAAUCAAACUCAGACUUCUCCAGCACUAACUGUCUUUGUUUGGCCUCCCAUCUGAUUACUUUGACCUCAAACAUCUAGGAAGACUUAAAUGUCCUUUCAAAAUAAGCCUCUCAUUCAUUUGUCUGGAUCUCUGAAGCUGCAAAUCAAUCAUGUGGUCCAUGUUCAUUGUGCCGGAUGAAGAGAUAAGGACUGUGAAUACAUCGGCUGGGGUGCACCAAACUUCCGGUGGGCUGGAAGGGCUUUUGGGAUCAAGAGGCGGUGGACGUAAAUGCCGAAACAGAACGCACUCUAGUUCUGGAGAUGGAAUUAGUGAAAGCCAAGAGGGCAAAAUCAAGCUGACGUUGUUCAUGGCUGUAACCGGCAUCAUGCUUACUGUGCUCGGGGUGGGAACAGAGUUCUGGGUGGAGCUUAAACCAUCCAAGAGCUUCUACAACAAUCAGACUUGUCUGGCAGCACAUUAUGGCUUAUGGAAAUGCUGUACCAAGACAUUCUGGGUAUCAGAUAUGGACCCAAAGCAGGAGAUAUGUGGGCCUUUGCACUCACAGGGAGAAUCCAAUUGCACCUUCUUUAAGUUCUACACCACUGGAGAGAACAUUGUCCUAUUUCAGAAAACGCCAGAAAAGGAUCUGACAGUAGCGUCGGCCAUGCUUGCUAUCAUUAGUCUUUUCCUGAUGGUGAUGGGAACUAUCUGCAUUAUCAUGGCAGUAAGCAAAGGUGUUCAGUUCUUCUUGAAGCCAGCCGCAGCCUGCUUCAUACUGUCAGGUGUCUUAAUCUUCCUCUGCCUCAUAGUUUUCCACCAAUCAGUGCUGUCUUUCUUAGCAAGUGACCAAUCCAUACCUCUACAUCAUGAAAUGUCAUGGUCAGUGACGUGUGUGGGCUGUGCUGGGGCUCUGGUCAUUGUCGCGGGGGUCUUGUUCUUGGUCCUUGCUCUUCCAUACAGUCCUUGGAAAAAGUGCUUACCUAAGAAAAACAGUGACAUCUAGUGGUGUGGGGGGCUGAAGUGCACUUCUCAUUCAGAUUUGCACUGAAGCCUCUUGAUAAAGUGGAGAAGACAACAACAGAAAAUCCUGGUUAAUCUGGGUAUAUAUAUAAAACCAAUAGUUGGCAAUGUGAUUAUAUUGUGCAUAAGUUGGCACUAGAGAGGAUGCUGUUGGAAAUGUAACAGGAAGUGUGGCCAGACAUUUUGGUAGAGUAUAUGAAUCAUUAGGAUGGAAUGCUUAAAGGGGGCAUAACACACACAGUUUCACCCGGUCUCAUGUUAAUCUUGAGUACCUAUAGAGUAGUACUGCAUCCUUCAUAUCUCCAAAAAGUCUUUAGUUUUAUCAUAUUUAUAAAAGAAAGAUACAGCUUUACGAUUCUCUCUGGAAAAAGCCGAGCUGCUGGAGGCGGAGCUAAAGAGUGACGAGCACUUGAGCACCGAAUGAUUUUUGAUGCCGUUUCACUUACCAUCUGCAGUUCUGAAUCAUGACUGGGAUCUUUUAAAGCUGGGACCGCUCCAUCUUUCAGUAUCUAACGAUGUGCAAAUCCAGCGUCAAACUUGGCCUUGUUUAUAAAACAUUCGUCAACACAAACACUUGUGAAACUCUGUUGCUGCCCAGGAAAAACAAACUGUAUGCACUGUUUACUUAGGAAGCUGAACAAAGUUAUCUUUCCCUUACAACCAAAAACACACUUCUUUGGAGACAUUAUUCCCAAGCAAGUCCCGUGCACGCAUCAGGAGAAAUGCCCAUAUAAGGAGUUCCAACCUCGUCUACGUCAUGAAGAGCCAUGAUUGAAAAAAACUCUCUGAAAUUUGUACGAACCCAGAAGUAAGAUUUUUGGCACAGAAAUACUCUGUCAUACAUCCAAAUUGUUUUUUGAAACUUUGUCCAUGCUUAGCAUGAGAAUCCAACUCUUUAACGGUGUAAACAACUCGUUUUGCAUUGCCCCCCCCCCCUCCCCCUUUAAAAUAAUUAUAUCCAAUAAAUAAUUAUAUGCUCAUAACUUUAACCAUUUUUUUUCAUAACUUCAACCAUUUUGGGGGAAACUCAUGCAAUAUUUCAUUAUUGGUUGAACUAUACAUUUUGUUAUUUCAGUGUUUUUAAAUGAUAUAAGACAUAUGUCCUAGUUAAACGUGAAUCUGUAUAUUUUGGUUGACUUUAUUUACUGCUUGUGACAUUUAAGAGUGAAUACUGUUAUAUUUAACCUUUUAUGAGGCUUGAGGUAUAAUUGAGGUAAACUUAUAAUAUUUAAUAUCUCUAGAACUAUAAUUUUGGAAACAGAAGUCUAAAUACUUAAGCCAUACUGUAGUUAUGCUGUGGUAUAAAUAUAAUUGUGGCAUAAAAGUCAUUAUUGGCAUCAUUGGGUUUCCAAACUCUGACUGUUGUUGAAGUUGUAGGUAACGGAAAUGAAGCUUAUUAAUGCUUUUAUAUUUAUGUUUAUGCAGACAUUUUCAAGCUUUGAUUUGGUCUUGGCACUAAAGUACAUCCAAAAAACACAUUAAUCUUUUCUCCUUUGUGAUGUGGAAAACAGCCUUCAUGUCUCGUCAUUGGGGGAAAUAAGAGAACCACUUGAAAUCCAUAACAAAUCUGCUUGAGAUACAUGAGUGAAUUUAUUCUGUUCCUGGCCGACACCGACUUUAUUAACGGUGUGGAAUUGCAUAUUUGAAAAACAACAUGAUCACUCAAUUUAUUUAUUUUUUUUAUUUAUUUUUGGAGAAAACUGCAGCAUUGUAAAUAAAUAAUGAAUAAAGUGAUGAUUAUUCACAGGAACACAUUUAAAUGUGCUGGCUGAUUUCCAAAAGUAUUUACUGAGUGUAUACUGAGAAAUAGAUAGGUGUUGGUUUAACUCUGGAAAUAUGUUGUCAAAUUCUCAGAAAGAGGGCAGUUUAGUUUUUGAAAAGGAACUUACAUGAUGGUGCUUCCAGUUCUAAUGAAAAUCUGGUUAUGGGUUUCAUCCGUGGUUUUAGUCUGGCAGCUGACAGCACGAGUGAAAAGCCCAGCUGAUUCAUCUCCGGUUCUGACCAGCCCUCUUCAUCUGGAGGUGGUCGCUUGAUGACAGCAAGAGACGAACUGAAAUCAGAAGCAUUAAUUAAAAGCCCCAACGUCUGCUGCUGCUGCUCCUGCUGCUUCCCAUUGUGAACGCUGACACUGAUGCUGAUCUAGAAUCAGUUACUGAAAGUGUUAGAGGAAAGCAGAUCAUAAUAAUGAGAAACUUUCAUUGUUGGCUGCCUCUGGUGCAUGACAGAAAUAGCUUUCAUACUGAGUCGGGCUAAAUUAUGCAACAAUCCGAACUAGGAAGGCGCUGGUUUAAAAGUCAAACUUUGAGCAUUUUAUUUAUUUAUUUUUUAGCCUUUUUAUUACACAAAAUAAUGUUUUGAUGAAAGUAUUUUUGCAGGUCUGCAGUGACAUCCAGCACCACAAUUUGCCUUUCAGUGCUUUUUCCCUUGGCAAAGGAACUAAUUCUUCCCAUUUAAGCAAUGUUUUCUGUCUUUCUGGUAGUUCUGUUAUUAAUAUCAUCAGUUCUGGUUUUGGUUCUGACUAAUUUCAUGAUUUUUAAUACUGACUGAAUGGAAUUGACACAUUUUGUAUUCAAAUAUUUGUGAGUGAAUUUUAAAUAAAUAUUUUAAUUUUGUGCAUUAUAUUAUAUUAAUUAUAUUAUAUUAUAUUAUAUUAUAUUAUAUUAUAUUAUAUUAUAUUAUAUUAUAUUAUAUUAUAUAUCCUCUCAGGUGUAGUUUUUUAAUUGUAUAAAUUUUGACUUCAAAGGUCUUACUGUACACAUGCAUUUUAGCAAAUGAAUUAAAGCGAAGUGUGAUGGUAGUGCAUAUUUAUAAAUAAAGAUUGAUAAAGAUCUGUGUAUGCACUGAAUCUUAUUCUAAAUCUUUUAUUGUCUGACUGAAUAAAAAUGGCACAAUUUUGAGUGAAUUUUAAGUAAAUAUUUUGAUAUUUUAAUUUUUUUGCAUAUU